UUUACCUUUUGUUAUGAAAAAUGUAUGUAAUUUUUCUUUUGCACGAUCAGUCAUAUGGACAUGGAUAAAAAACAACUGAAAAAUGAAACGGUAUUUUCUUGUUCAGGCAUUGAUGUUCUUCAUCGUCAUUGAGGAACUUCCGUGUUCCACGCCUCGCAACCAGUGUCCAUACAAGAAGAUCAAAGGAUGCACCACUGUGUCUGUGGUCAAGCCUGGUUGUAGAUAUAACUAUGUGUACCCACAGACGGAAUAUACAGCGGCUAUAAACAUCAAAUCUUGUAUUCCAAGAAAUCUACUCCGGAUUUAUUGGACUGUUCGGAACAAUGGCAAAAGGUUUUUCACAUUUAAGUGCAGGCAGAAGUCGGAGUGUUCUCUCCAGAACAAUAAGAUCAAUGGAAGUUUCUUUGUGAUGGAAGCUCGAUUAUUUGUUUUGGACACAACUGCAACGAAGAAAUUGCAAUUAAUUUUGGUGCCGAUUUCCUUUACAAAAUUGUCACUCACAACUGUAAAAGAUCUUGUCAGUCGCAAGCUGAUGAAAGUUACUGACGCAAUAAAGAUGUUUGAGUACAUGUUGCCUUCCCUGAACACUAAAUCCAGCAACAGCAUUGUCGUCAGGAAUAGAUUAAUAUCCAAAAUCCGGAUCUAUCUUCAGAAUCAGUCUGUUGGCAGCACAACACAAAAUACAAAUCCAGGAACAUGGAUACCCAUUGGAAGACCGAAUAACUCGUCAAACAUCUCAGUUCUGGUGGUUCCUUCAGAAACACAUACGUCCGGUGAUGCUAUCAGUAACGGAAUCAAAGUACUGUUAACAAAGGAGAACUUGACAGAGGCACAUUUGGCCAAACUUACACGAAUCGUCCAUUUGAUGGCAGAAAGCAUCAUGGGUCAAGUGCAGUCUAAUCCUAAGUAUGAUCGGGAAAAGAUCAAUUCUCAGAUCCAGAACAGGACCAUUCAAAUCUGGGAGCUUCUCAAGAAAAUGAAUAGGACAGAGCACAAAACUCACCCCAAGAUGUUUACUGAAGCUCAUUGGUCGGAGUGGGGUAACUGGAGCCCUUGUUCAAAGACAUGUAAGGGGAGGAAAUUCAGCACGCGUAGUAGAACAUGUUUUGUAAACGAAGAUACAUAUAAACCAUGCAAGGGUCAUAGUUCAGAAAUGAAGAAAUGUCCAUGCCUUGAGGAAGUUCUUCCUCCAAAACCAACGGGCCCAACUGUCAUAUAUGGGCAGUGGACAUCCUGGGGAAGUUGGUCCGAGUGUUCAGUGACUUGUGGUCUUGGGAAUGAACAAAGCUACAGAAAAUGUCAAUCAAACCAGCGAGAGUUUAAGCACGGAGAUACAAUAAUUAAGUGUGUGGGAAGUCGCAAAAAGACCCGUGCCUGUAUUAUGGCUGCAUGUGGAGCAACCAAAGCAGAGUAUAAGAUUUUUCAAGGAAGCAACGCUAGUCUUACUUGUAAGUCUCUGGAUCAGUCGGUACACAGAUCUAUGUACUGGGUAAGUCCCCGUGGCAAGCGAUACAGGCCUGGAAGGAAAAUUGGAAGAAUAUCUGUUACCAAGGACGGACAGCUUCACAUAAAACGAGCUUAUGUGGACGAUGAGGGGACUUACUACUGCAUUAUUCCAGUAUCGAACAGAAACAUCAUAGGAAAUGCACAAAUCAUGAUUCUGACUUGCCAAGACGACCCUUGUAUGAACGGCGGAACAUGUAUUGAACGGAAAUAUGAAAUAAUCACCAAACCAAGUUCGUUUGUCUGUCUUUGUGCUUCUGGAUAUUACGGAACAUUUUGUGAAAAAAAAUCCAAACAGCUACGCGCCUUUUUGAUUAUAAUUCCAGUGUGUGCAGGGCUAGUUUUGAUGAUUUGUAUUAUCUCAAUGGCUGCCCUACGUUUGAAGAAAACGAAGAGAGACAGCUUUCAAGAAAAAACAGCCAAAUGGAAUAAAAAAGAUAGAAUAAGGUCAUCAUACAGUAAAGAAAAUGCUAAACUAAAUAAGAAAUCCAGUAAAGAAACCAGCAAGGAAAACAAGAGUAAACUCAACAAAAGCGUUGUCAGUGGAGACGAUUCCCUACAAGAAAUAGAAGAAAAAGACAUUGAACACAUUUUGUCCCCACAGAAGUCGAGAAAAACUAAUGUAUCUUACAAAAGGCAAUCAGUGCGAGACCCAGUACAGAGAAAUGUAUUUGUAAAGACUAAUCCUGGAAAAGAUAAAGCAUAUCCAUCCACUCCAGAGGAACUCCAGAACUGGUACAUGAGCCCCCAAGGUAACGCUGAGUAUUACAAUAGUCCCAUGGACAUUAACGUCUAUGAAAAUGUUUCUUCAAUUGGAGCUACCAGCAAAGAACCUUUGUAUGACAAUAUACCUCAGAAAAAUCAUAACACUGUCAACCAAAGGGACUUGAAAAUGAAACCUGCUCGGUCAAUGAAGAUGGAUGACAAGGACUAUGAGGAUAUGUAUCUGCCUUUUGCUGAAGGGGGUCAGAUUCAGUCUCCAAAUACGAGGGACUUCACUUUGAUUCAUAAAUCUUUGACUCCCUCAAGGAAUACAACUCGUUCAUUUCCAGAUGCAGAUAUACAAUUUUCUGAUGAUAGGAAUCGGAGUAAUAUACUUGAUGAGCCUUUAUUUCAGGAAAAAAAUAUGAGUAAUAUAAAUGCAGAAACGGAAAAAUAUUGCCAUCCUUCAGACAUCUGUGGCAGACAAUCUUUGAAGCUUAACCUUAGAAAUGUGAUUCAAAGUAUUAGCCAGGAGGAUAUUUUGGAACCAAGCCAUCCUGAGAAUUCUAAUAGUGGUCUUACAUACCAACGUUUUCAACAAAAAGUCAAGUAUAAUGCAUCAAAAGAAAGUCAAUUUGAUUAUGUGUUAGAUUUUCAUAAUUCUGGAAGCGAAUCCAUUGGAACAAAAAAUGAAAAGUUUAAUCCUAAAGUAAAAGACAAGAUAAAAAGAUCGGCUUACAAUCAGACCAUGUCAACAAAGUCUAAAAACACAGCAACAAGGAAUCAUUAUACCCCAGAAAUAAGAGACAGGACAUCAACACCAUUACAAAAGCAAAGUAAAGAAGAUGCGGGUGUAAUGUGGAGACAAGAUUUCCAGCAACUUCAAAAGAAUUUGUAUGCUGUCCCUACAUCCAAACGUUUGCAGUCAUCAGCAUUGUCUUCAUCAGAUACACAGAUGAGGAAUGCAUAUAGAAGAUUUGAUGAGAAAGAAAAAGUUGUUCUCAGCAACCAAAAAGGUAGUAAGAGUUUUAAUGACAUAAAUAGUGACGAGGAUCUGGAUAUAGUUUACCACAGAAAAUACUUAAAGAAAAAGAAUAGGCAGGAAAGUAUGAUUGACGAUGAAGCAGAUGGAAUCACUUCACUAAGAACAGCAGAAAGUUUUAAACAGGACCACAGUGCUACAGAGGACAAUUUACAUGGAAGUGAUCUUGUAGCAGAAGAUCUAAAGACACAAACAGUUUUAAAGCAGAACCUUUCAGUUCAAGACACCGGAGGAAGCACCUUAACACCAUUACAGAAGCAAAACACAGCAGAUGAAGAUGUAAAAUUAGAACAAGAUGAUGAUAUUAGAAAGCCUCUGCAAACUGUCAAUUCAUUCAGAGAUUUGCAGUCACCAGCACUGAGAAACUGGUCGUCUUCACUGGAUUUACAUUUGAGAAAUGCAACUCAAAGUGAUGAAUUUGAUGACGAAGUUGUUUUCAACAAACACAAAAAUAAGUGCUUGACUGAAGAAGAUGAUGACGAACAGGAAAUAAUAUACCACAGGAAAUGCUUGGUGAAAAAGAAUAGACCAGAAAAUAAGAUUGAUUAUGAAGCCACCAAGAUUGAAUUGAAAAAAGCUUUAAACCAACCAAGGAAACUCAACGAAAAUGAGGAGGAAAAGCGGGUUGAUCAGACUCAAGCACAAUCAACACCAAAUAAUGUUUCUAAUGAGAAUAGCACUGACUCAGUAUACAGUGAUGAAACUAAUUCUAGCAGAAUAUCAGAAAAUUAUCAGGAGAAAUCUCUGGAAAAUGACGGUAACAACACAGAGGAAUAUCACACACCAGAAGCCAAAUCAAAACUCAAAACUGAGAGCAAUGCAGAUAAACAUGAAGAAAGAGAUUCCACCCCAACAAACAGUGAACUGUAUCAAGCAGAGCAGCCGUCUUCACAGUUCAAUGAAACUUCAGAGUUGAUCGAACAGUUAUCACCUAGGUCUCGUAUGUGUUUACAUCAUUAUCAAAUGGUUUAUGGCACCAUGGGAUACAAAAGUCCAAAAUCUAACACAGAUGAAGAAUCAACCUAAAAGGUAGAUAUAAGACCACAAGUAAACCAUUGUUUAAAAAUGUUUCUAAUUGUAGAUAAUUAAUACAAAGUGAUACACAGUACAUGUUUUACAAAAUAUUCAUUUCUACACCGGGAUAGUACAUUUAUAAGACAAUAAUAAGAAAAUAAUGUGUUUUGAAAUACGGGAUGUUUUGCAUGAUAUAUCUUAUCAAUGAAAAAUUUAGCAAAAACAUAUAGUUGAUUAUAAAUUGUAGUAUGGUAGUUAUUAAAAAGCAGCUUAGAGUAAGGAUAAUUGUUUUUGUUUCAGAAAUUCAUUCCAUAAGUUCAUUAUUUUUUUAUAUAAAUUAAUGUAACUCGUAAAUAUAACGGUCCUAAUAUCAUUUAUGUUUAUUUUGCAGUUUAUUUUUUUUUUGUUACUGGAUGUGAAUGUUUAUGCAUUAAUGUCUAUAUGGUACACUCAGAUACUAGUGUUGAAUAAAAAAAAAAGUAAUCCUGUUUUAUAAAUAGCAAUUACAUCUUUAGGUAAAUUGUGCAUUCUUAGAUCAGUAAAUGGAAUUAAUGUAAUCAUA